AUGAACAAUUUGAGUAGAAGGAAGGAUAUUAAAAGACAUAUCAAAUCUUUGAAUCCUAGUCUUAUUGGUUUGUUGGAGACCAAAGUAAAACCUGCAAAGUCUUACAGAGUGUCCAAAUGUUUCCCUCCUCACUGGUCAUACUGUAACAAUUAUACUGCUUCUAGUAGAGGAAGAAUUUGGGUAGCUUGGGAUGCAGAGGUCUGGAAUGGUACAAUUUUAUCUGUCACUUUACAACAGAUAACAAUAAUGCUACAAAAUAAUGGUGGUCUCAAUCUAAUGUUGAGUGUCAUUUAUGGAGAAAAUUCAGAAACAUUAAGAUCUACUUUAUGGGAUGAUAUUACUGAUAUUCACUCUCAAAUUAACACAAUGUUGUGGCUUUUAGUGGGGGACUUCAAUGUUUGUAGAUACACAUCAGAGAAAAUUAGAGGAAGGAAGCUUACUGCAAGGAAUCUGAAAGAUUUCAAUGAUUGUAUACAGAAAUGUGGACUGUCUGAUAUCAAAAGUUCUGGUUCAUCUUGGACAUGGCAUAAUAAGCAACAAGGUAGAUACAGAAUAUAUGGUAAGUUGGAUAGGGCCCUGAGCAACUCUUUUUUGAUAGAUAAGUUUCCUCAAAUGUUUAUAGAAUAUAAAUGCACCUCUUCUAGUGAUCAUACUCCAGCCCUUGUCCAUCUUAUGCACAGCACUAGUUCAGGGCCAAAGCCAUUCAGAUUUUUUAACUACUGGACUCAAUGUCAGGGUUAUGAAGAUGUGGUCAAAAGUGUCUGGAACAUUUUAAAAGCAGGUACUCCAAUGUUCAAGUUGGUUUCUAAACUAAAGGAAUUAAAAUCUGCUCUAAAAAUUUGGUCAAAACAGCCAGGCAUUUCAACAAAGGAAAAUAUUAUAAAGCUGUCAAAACAGUUGGAGCACAUCCAGAAUGAGCUCAAUAAAGACAUGGAAAAUGAGAGCUUGCAAUCUACUGAAUUAGCAUUAUGUUUCGAGCUAGAUGGAUGGUUAAGCAAGGAGGAGGAUGAGAUGAGGCAAAAGAGUAGACAAUCAUGGCUACAACAAGGGGAUAGAAAUACUCAGUUCUUUUAUAAUGCUAUCAAACAAAGAAUAUCUAUGAAUAGCAUACGACAACUGAUUGACAAAGAUGGUUCUCCUAUCUCUUCUAUUGACCAAAUUAAAGUCAUGGCCCCAAAAUUUUAUGAAGGGUUAUUCAAUCAAACAUCAUAUUGGAGUAUUUUCCCUAAACUGACAGUUAAGAGAAUUCUAACUGAUGAAGCAAAACAAUGGUUAUGCAAGGAUAUAAGUUACAAGGAGAUUAAGGAUGCUCUUUUCCAGAUGAAUCCAGAUAAGGCACCAGGACCUGAUGGUUUUAACGCCUAUUUUUAUCAACAGAACUGGAGUUUAAUCAAGACUGAUGUGGUUCUAGCAGUGAAGUCCUUUUUCUCAUCAGAACAUUUUCGGGAAAAUUCUGCCUUCACCAAAAAUGAAAAGUCAUCCAGAAAAUUUGAGAAAUCGCUCUACCAUGUCGGAAAUGAAAUAGCUGUGAUCAGUGCCAACGGUUGGAAUGUGGCCGGUGCAUUGCACCAUGCCAAACAGGCAUGGUCGGGUAUUGCAAAUGCUUCCAUACGGGCAACGUGA